GCGUGGGGUCGUGUGCAAACCGCGUGUGGCGCAGCCAGCAGGGACUCAACGGCAGCGGGUGGAAUUGAGGCUGGUUAAGUAGCUCUCGCGCGCGCGCGCGGAGGGGAGGGGGAGAAGAAGAAGAAAAGUCCAUCGCCGCGCGGACAGUCCAGCUUCGGCCAACCACGAACGAAAGCCCAAGAAAGGUAACCUAACUGCAGCAAUGAGUAGUAACGAGUGCUUCAAGUGUGGGCGUACUGGCCACUGGGCUCGGGAGUGCCCUACAGGAAUUGGUCGUGGCCGUGGAAUGCGAAGCCGUGGCAGAGGCUUCCAGUUUAUGUCUUCAUCACUCCCGGACAUCUGUUACCGCUGUGGUGAGUCUGGUCAUCUUGCCAAGGAUUGUGAUCUUCAGGAGGAUGAAGCCUGCUAUAACUGCGGUAGAGGUGGCCAUAUUGCGAAGGACUGCAAGGAGCCCAAGAGAGAGAGAGAGCAGUGCUGCUACAACUGUGGGAAACCUGGUCACUUGGCUCGUGAUUGUGACCAUGCAGAUGAGCAAAAGUGCUAUUCUUGUGGGGAGUUUGGACACAUCCAAAAGGACUGCACCAAAGUGAAAUGCUAUAGGUGUGGUGAAACUGGCCAUGUAGCCAUCAACUGCAGCAAGACUAGCGAAGUCAACUGCUAUCGUUGUGGCGAGUCAGGACACCUUGCACGGGAAUGCACAAUUGAGGCUACAGCUUAACUGUUUUCCUUUGUCGCCCCUCCUUUUUCUGAUUGAUGGUUGUAUUAUUUUUCUCUGAAUCCUCUUCACUGGCCAAAGGUUGGCAGACAGAGGCUAUUCCCAGGCCAGUGAGCUUUACUUGCUGUGUAAAAGGAGGAAAGGGGUGGAAAAAUCGACUUUCUGCAUUUAACUACAAAAAUGUUUAUGUUUAGUUUGGUAGAGGUGUUAUGUAUAAUGCUUUGUUAAAGAACCCCCUUUCCGUGCCACUGGUGAAUAGGGAUGGAUAAGUGGAAAGAGUUAAGUCAGACCAGCAAAGCCUCCCUGGGUUCCAUGGAAGUGAUCGUAUGCAGGAGGAAAACAAACUGGAAGUGUCUGAACUUCCACAGUAACUAAUUUUAUUACAAUAAUGGCCUUGGAUUGUCUGACCUCAGUAACAGUAAUAACACCGAGUAUAUCAGGCCUUACCUAGAGCAUAUAGCUAAGUGGGAUAAACAAACAAUGCACAUGCCUGUUAAUGGCCAUGAGAGUGAGGGAGAAAUCGAGAAUUGAAGUAACAGUGAAACAAUAAAUGAAUGUCUAAUAUGAGAUAACAAGGUAAUGGGAAACAAAUAUUACAAACUAAAUCAAACCCAGAACAUCAGUUCUUAGAGCAUACACAAUUUGGAGCUAUUCAGGACUUGCAAAGAAAUGCAUUUUCACAGAAAUCAAGAUGUUAUUUUUGUAUACUAUAUCACUUAGACAACUGUUGAGUUUCAUUUGCUUGUAAUCAGUUUUUAAAGUAAGAUGGUAAAAGGAACUGAAGUCCUAGAAUAUAGAAAUGUAAUUUUAAACUAUCAAUAAAGCUGGAGGAGGAAGGGGAGUUUGGCUGAAGUUUUUUGUUUGGGGUUUAUUUUUCAGGUACACAAUGCAAAAUAACAUUAGAGACAAAUAUGGAAGAAUAAAAGCUGAACAUUAACUGUUGUACCACAAAUGUAUUAUACAAAGUUAAUUCCUGUAUCAUUUAAACUGUAGAAUUGUCAAAUACAUCACUUCAGCAGCA